CAGCCGGCCUGCUCCUCACAUUUUGGCCUGCUCGUAGGGCACCACAACCGUCUCUCAUGGCUGCUGUCACCUGCACAUCUACUCCUCCUCCUGCCGAGUACGACGACGCUUGCACUGAACCACGCGUGAUAAUCAGCGAGGUUGCGGCCAGCGGUGCAGAUGGAGAGCCGUGUCAUGACGACUGGGUCGAGCUAUUCAAUCCGCACCCGACCCGUUCUGCGCCUCUGCUUGGCCUCGUGCUGUCUGACGAUCACGGCUUCGACCGCAGCGACCGGCUCGCCCUCGGCGCUUCUGGGUGCCCAACUUCGCUCGCAAACAGAUCGUACCUCCUCCUGUGCAGGGCGGACUCGCCCUGCGGCUUCGCCUUUGGUAUUGGUCGGCACGACGUAGUCCUCCUCUUCAACGCCAGCGGCAGCCCGCUCGACGAGACGGCGGGGUGCUGCGCGAACAGCGCGCAGCGCAGCUUCGGCCGCAGCCCUGGCGGCGCAUGGACUGAGCUCGACGUCCGCACCCCGGGCGCUCCAAACACCGGCGUGGCGCACGCACCCCCACCAGCACCGCCGACGGCGCCACUGGCGGGCUCCGCGCUCGGUCUCGGCGACCUGCGGCAUGUUGCGACGCUCGUCGUGCCUCCCCCGCGGCCGGGCGCCGCGGCCGUCGUCGACCUGUCCGGAGUUGCAGUGGCGGCGUGGGAGGACCUCUCGUCGGGCGGCUGGCGGGCCACCUUGCAGACGGUCGUGAACAGCGAGCCGGCGGUAAUCGAAGUUGAGGUCGAGGCGACCUCCGCGGCCUCGCCUCCCGUGCUGCGGCGGCGCCGAACCUUCCUCCUCGAAGGCUUCGAGGACACCGAGGGCAUCGCCCUCCUCCCUUCCGGUCAAGUUGCGAUCGCGCAGGAGCGGCGGAUGGCGGUGAGCGUCCUCCUACUCCCGCCCGCCAGCAGCUCCGAGGGAGACACGGCGAGCCACCUCGAGACCCGGCUGGGACUGGGCGCGGCCAACACUUUCGACACAAGGCUGCCCGCCGAGAGGAACAAGGGGCUUGAGGGCGUCGCGUACGACCCCGAGCAGGGCCUGCUCUACGCCGAGAAGUCGCCCAUCCGCGUCGUCGCGCUCAACCUCACCACCGGAGCGGUCGCCGACCUCUUCGACGCACCGUCUGUGCUCGGCAGGCACGUGAGCGACCUGGCGGGCGCGUGGUUCGCGCCGCGGCAGCGCGUCCUCCUCCUUCUCUCCCAAGAGUCUCGCCUCCUCGUCGAGGUGCGCGCCGUCCAGCGCAUCAGCGGCACGCAGCCGGAGGGCGUCGCGCUCUCGCCCGACCUGUCGACCCUCUUCCUCGCGUCAGAGCCAAACGAGCUGCUCGUGUACAGCGCGGAGAAGAAGGGCACGCCAAUCUUCAAGGCUGUCGGCGCAUCGGGCCAGACCGCCGGCGUCGAGGCGCGCUCUAGCUACGCGUAA